UCCUGUGAGCUCUACUGUGGUCCCUAACAUUUCCCUCACUGUUCUUUGUGGAUAAGAAGCAAUGGAACAAAUCAACGACUAUUUGUUCAGGUAUAAAAACUUCAACUUUCUUGCUAAGUACGCAACUCCAGAGUACAUUGAUUUGCUCCAGAGCUUUGAAAUUCGAGAUAGUGACAUAUUCCUUGUCACUUAUCCAAAGUCAGGCACUAUAUGGACUCAACAAAUCAUCAUCUCCAUCUGUGAGUUAGACGGGGGUCUGAAUGAAUAUCCAAACAACAUGGAGCAAAUGCCGUGGCUGGAGUGUAAGGAGGAGGGAAAAGAUUACACCUUACGACCGUCUCCACGACUCUUUUCCUCUCACCUUAUCCCCGCUCUCAUGCCUCCAGGACUGGAAGACAAGAAAGCAAAGAUUAUCUACGUGAUGCGGAAUCCAAAGGACAACAUUGUCUCUUAUUACCACUUCAGUUGCAGCUUUAUUGCAAUGGAGACUCCCAAGAGCUUUGAGGACUUCCUUGAGAAGUAUGUGACAGGAAACGUUUCAGGAUCAUCCUGGUUCGACCACAUCAGGGAGUGGCAUUCAAAGAAAGACCAGUACAAAAUCCUCUUCCUGACCUAUGAGGACAUGAUUUUGGACUUGAAGGCAACAGUAACUAGGAUCUGCAGUUUUUUGGGGAAGAACUUGAGUGAAGCAGCUAUUGAGGAAGUUGUAGAAAAAGCUACAUUUGACACCAUGAAGAAAAACUCAAAAGCCAACUACGAGUUUCUGCCAAAAGAGCAGGUGAAGAAAGGCUUCAUGCGUAAAGGUAAGAUCGGUGACUGGAAGAACUACUUUACUGACGCUCAGAGUCAAAGAGUUGAUCAGCUUCUUCAGGAGAGACUCGGUGAUUUGUCUCUGAAGUUUAUCUGGGAAUAAGCAGCCUCCAACCAUAAGAUGUUUACAUCUUUCUAAGCCAAAGAUCCCAAAAAUUCACAGACACCAUAUCUGUCUUGUGCUUACAGAAUCUACAGUAGCUAAUGU